CUAGUUAGCUGUCAUCAGUGUUAAGUUACCAUAUCAACAGUGCACCUGUAAGGAUGAUAACGUCAGUUAAAUAGUACAUGACAAAAAGAAUACCGAAAAACGCAAAGUAUCAACAUGUCAAAACACGGUUGGACACAGGAUGCAGCCUUACGAAGUAUAUGGAAAGACUGGAGGACAUUAAAAAAAAUUAUAGAUAUCGUAAAGAUGAAAUCUUCAAGCGGUUAAAGGUGUCGACAUUUGCACAACUGAUCCUUCAGGUAGCCUCAGUGUCAGACCUGAAUGAAAGUGAGAAUGACGGCCCAGAAGACGGUGUGUCAGUGAUGUCUGACGCGGACUUGGAGUGUCUGUCUGAACACACCUACGGCUCCAUAAAGGUGUCACCUCUUUCAGAUCGCCAGGAUGCAGGUGACGCCAGGGAUAUCUGCUACACUGCCAGGUCAACACUGCUAAGUGUUAUCAGUGGCGUGGGAGAGCUGAACCUCGACAGGAACAGUCACAAGUUGGAGAAUGAGGUGUCCAACCUGGAGCUGGCUGACAGACCUUACCCUGACUGCCCCUACCUGCUGCUGGACGUACGGGACCGCGACCAGUAUGAAGGCUGUCACAUUAUCAGCGCACAAAGUUUCCCCUCUGCCACGCUAUCUCGGACAAUGAACCCCUACACCAGAGAAGUGCUGGAAUAUAAAAAUGCAGCAGGGAAGAUCAUCAUUGUGUAUGAUGAGGAUGAGAGAAUAGCCAGCCAGGCAGCCACCACCAUGUGUGAGCGAGGAUUUGAAAAUCUGUUUAUGCUGUCCGGAGGUCUCAAAGUAAUCGCUCAGAAGUUUCCAGAAGGGAUGACGACGGGCUCCUUCCCAGCCUCGUGCCUCUCCACCCCCGCGUCCCUGAAGGGGAAGAAGAGCUCCGUGCAGCAGCAGCAGCAGCAGCAGUCGGCAGAGAAGAGGUUGCGGUUUUCAUCAGACGAGCUGAUCAAGAUCCAGGAGCAGCUGGAGGAGAUACACAUCCCAUGUAACAGUCGUAUGUCCAGCCGCAUGUCCACCAUCAGCUCCCAGUCUAAAACAUCCAGCAGUCAGAGUCGACAGAGUUCCUCCACCGCAGGGAGGGACGGCACCAGGGUUCAAAGCAGCAGACCCUGGAAAUAACCCCUCCCACCCUCAAACCACAGUCAGACGUACACAAACAAACGUACCUCCAACACAAAGUCCAUUUAUUUCAGGGUCCGCUCCAUCCCGUGGUCCCAUCUGCAAAAUCAUUCCCCACAGUCAGAGGUGGACAGGAAACCCCUCAACUGCUUCAUUACAGCAACUAGAGAUAUUUUCCCGAAUCUCACGUGUUUCUGGCGCCGUCCACCAUCUUUCCUCUGACGCAGAGGCGGAAUAUUCUUCUCAAGUUUUGUGUUUUUAUGUUUAGGAAAUUACUGCACACACAGCCUGGGAAGUAAUAAACACUACGCAACGAUAAAGAAAUUUACAAAUAAUCUUCAUCUUCACAUUUGGAGAUUUAUGUCCGACUGUAGUAUUUUCCCCUUACUAGUUUUUUUUUCUUUAUUUCUUAAAAUAUUUAAUAAAUUGUGUACGUUUGCACGGUGCCUCAUCUGUGAAUCUGAAAACUGAUGGAUCUGAUUGCACUCAAAUUCCUUUUUCACCCCAGAAUGAAAUUCAAAUUGUGAUUUUUUUUUUUCUUUUUUCUAUUAUAACUUCAUUAUUUCCAGACAGCUCACGUCUCAUUGCUCCAUCAGUAUAAAAGCCACCGAAUAAAUGACAUUCCUAGAAGACUUAGAAUUUUAUCGCUGCAGACAUUAGAGUUGAAUGUUGAUAACAUGAAGGGUAUGCUGGGGAUUUCUGUAGUGCAUGAAGUGUAUUGUUUGUAUGAAUAAUGUUACAGAGCUGGAUCCAUUUUGUAAAAAGAAGAGUUGUGCUGUAUUUUUGUAAAAUGCGUCAUACUAUCUUAUUAUAAUUCCUUAACUGACAGUGCACCAACAGCCUUUAUGUGCAACUUACACACUAAUGUUACUGAGACUGGUUUGUUUGUUGUUUUUUGCCUGUGUGUGUGUGUGUGUUUGUGUGAGGAUCAGAGUACUGUACGUUGUGAAACUGAACGAUUGAGGCCUUCACACAGAUCGCAGCGUCACUGAAGGAAGGAAACGGACGUUUGGUCGCGCAGCACUUCAGAUCCCCCAGAUACAUUUGAAAUACAGUAUUGCUAAUUUGUGGCCUUUUGACUUGAUUCACUCACAGUCACCUAUGAAGUGCAUGGAAUGAAAAGAUGGAUCUCUUUUUAGUGAUUAAUGUUGUGUUUUCAUCAUCAGUCUUAACCAGCUGAUCUCAUGAUUCUGUCGGUAAAUUAAUGUUUAACAAUAAAGUAGAUGAUUGUUGUGAAAUGAUGAAUAUCAAAAUCUGAGUUAAAAAAGGGAAAAAGAUGAAAGCCUCUUGGAAACA